AUGGAAAUUAAGGUAGGAAGUUUAGAGAGAGAAAGUAUAAUAAGUGUGCUAAGUGAGGGCAGAGAGGUUGCAAAUGAGCUGAAAAGAAAGCUUCAGCCCACAACUGAUUCAAGAGAGGCAUGUGGCAUUUUGGUGCAGAACAUACUUUCCUCUUAUGAGAAUGCAAUGAAAUUGCUUGAUUGUAUGGCCCUCCUUCAUAAUAAUAAUAAUAAUAAUAAUAGAGAUGCCUCACAAAUGGGGCUGGCCAAUGUGUUUGUUGAGCUGCCUAAUUCAAUUCAUGGCAGCCCUUUAAGAAGUGAAGGCUCUGACCUCAUCAAUUCUAAAGAUCAAGUCCAUCAAUAUAAAAGGAGAAAAACAUUUCCAAAAUGGAGUGAACAAGUGAAGGUGAAAUCAGAUACAGGGUUGUUUGAAGGACAGCAUGAUGAUGGGUAUAAUUGGAGGAAAUAUGGGCAGAAGGGAAUUUUAGGGGCUAAUCAUCCAAGGGCAUACUACCGAUGCACGCAUCGAAACACGCAAGGAUGCUUGGCCACGAAACAAGUCCAACGUUCAGACAACGACCCUUCGGUCUUUGAGGUUGUCUAUAGAGGCAAGCACAGCUGUAUGCAAGAGAGAGUAAAACCGAACAAAGAAAAUCUGGUUGUCCUGAAGACAGAACAAGAAGAUCGUGUAGAGAGCCCGAUCCAAUCACAGGACGCCACUUGUCCUGAGCUCGAACCGAAACCCGAAAAUCAAGAAUUGGUUACCAAGGACGACAAAUUUCCUUUCUUUUCCUUCCCUCCGACUCCAAUCGAGUCCGAGAAUUUGGAAACACAGUUUUUCUCCGAGAGUAGCAGUUUUAUGGGGACAAAUUAUUCGCCUCGCUUUUUGCCUAAGGCUACAUCCGAGUCCUAUUUCUCGAACGACUUUGGGAGUGAUUUUGGUGAAAUUAUCUCGAGCCCUACUCCGUACACCAACUUCUCGUUCGGGGAUUUGGAUUUCUCGAUCGAUCAAAUCGAUUUUAGUUCUCAAUUGCUCGACACCAUGGAUUAUUUCUAA